GAGAUUCAGGGCAAAGUCGCGGUGUUUGUGGAAACCUGAACGAAAGACAGAGCAGUGUGUCAGACCAGCACAGCACAGGACCGACAGCAUCUGCCCACACGCGAUUUCUAUCUGGGAUUCAAAUACAACGACCUUUUUAAAAACAAGGCUCCACUUCACGGAGACACGACUAUCAGCAUAGGAUCUGUCUUUUAAAAGAUCAGACCGCUUCCUGUCCCAUUCCCUCUGGCAACACCCUUGUGAAAAUGGGGUGAUUGUGUUCUGUUAUUAUCCAGUUAACUAACCUAGAACGAACCCAGGGCAGCACUCCUCCUGAUGUCAGAAGAUUCAGACUCCAAGUCCUACUGCUUCCCAGUGCUGGAGGACCAGGAUGGAGCCUCAGGAUGCAGAGCGUCCACCGCAUGCAGCUCCAUGGCACAGCUACACCGGAUGAGUGGCUACAGCCAAGGUGGGCCUGACCUAGGCCUCCCCUCAGAGGGCAGCGACAGCAGCAGUCAGGACCCUCCCGCCUCACCCCACAACCAUCGCAAGAACGCUCGCUCCCGCUCCCUCCCUGAGGAGGACGUGGAGAUGAAGAGCAGCGGGUCCAGCGGGAGUGGGAGUGAAUCGCACGGCAAUGAAAGCCACGGCAAUGACAGCCAUGGCAACGAGAGCAACGGCCAUGAGUCAAUGGGCAGCUCCAAUGGAAACAGCAAAGACUCUGCACUUCUGGAAUCUUCUGAAAGUAACAAGAGCUCCAACUCCCACAGUCCAUCUCCUCCUAGCAGCUCAAACGCCUUCAGUCUGCUGAGCUCGGAGCAGGACAACCCUUCAACCAGCGGUUGCAGUAGUGAGGAAUCUGCCAAAGCCAAGACACAGAAGGAAGUGAUUAAAACCCUGAAAGAGCUGAAGCUUCACCUUCCUCCUGAGAAGAGACACAAUAACAAAUCGUCUACGGUGAACACCCUCAAGUACGCCCUGCGCUGUGUCAAACAGGUGGCAGCCAAUGAGGAGUAUUACCAGCUGCUGAUGAUCAAUGACAGUCAACCUUCAGGCCUGGAUGUAUCGUCUUAUACGAUAGAGGAGAUAGACAGCAUUACUUCUGAAUACACCCUGAAAAACAAUGACAUUUUCGCAGUAGCAGUGUCUCUCAUCACAGGAAGGAUAGUCUACAUUUCUGACCAGGCUGCCUCCAUCCUCAACUGCAAAAGAGAGGUGUUCAAGAACAGCAAGUUUGUGGAGUUCCUGACGCCGCAGGACGUUAGCGUGUUCUACAGCUUCACAACGCCUUACCGCCUGCCCUCCUGGAGCGUGUGCACAGGAGCAGAGUCAUCCCCGUCUGACUGCAUGCAGGAGAAGUCCUUCUUCUGUCGUAUCAGCGGUGGAAAGGAGUGUGAGGGCGACCUGCAGUACUAUCCUUUCCGCAUGACACCCUACCUGAUGAAGGUCCAAGACACAGUGCAUGCUGAGGACCAGUUCUGCUGCCUCCUCCUGGCUGAGAGGGUUCACUCUGGUUAUGAUGCACCCAGAAUUCCAACAGACAAACGUAUCUUCACCACCACACACUCUCCAAGUUGUGUGUUCCAGGAUGUAGAUGAGCGGGCGGUUCCUCUCCUCGGGUACCUCCCCCAGGACCUGAUUGGCACCCCAGUCCUCCUCCACUUGCAUCCAAAUGACCGACCGAUCAUGCUGGCCAUCCACAGAAAGAUCCUCCAGUACGCAGGGCAACCAUUUGACCACUCGUCCAUCCGGUUCUGCGCACGAAACGGAGAAUAUAUCAUUCUCGACACCAGCUGGUCCAGUUUCGUCAAUCCUUGGAGCCGCAAAGUCUCCUUUGUUAUUGGGAGACACAAAGUGCGAAUGGGACCUGUGAAUGAAGAUGUUUUCGUGGCCCCGUCCUCUGCUGUGGCCGAGAUGAAGAACAUUGACUCUGACAUCCAGGAGAUUACUGAGCAGAUCCACAGGCUCCUGCUGCAGCCGAUUCAUAACAGCGGGUCCAGUGGCUACAAUAGUCUGAACAGCAAUGACCACAUUCUGGGCAUGACCUCUUCUAGUGAGAGCCUAAACAAUGGCAGCAGGACCAAGAUGCAGCGAGAGGAGGAGGAAGUGAGCGGCAAAACCAGACCUCGAACUUUUCAGGAAAUCUGUAAGGGAAUACAUCUUCAGAAGAGCCAGGAGCAGCAGACAACCAAACCAGACAACAAGAAAGCCAGUAGCAUAGAGUCUGCACAGAAGAGCCCAGCAGUGGUGCGGCCCAAAGACUCGGCAGCUCCUCUCAACCUGAAGGAGACCGGGGCGACGGUGGAGGAGAGUAGGGCUUCUUCCCAGGACGAGAUGGCAUUCAAUGAUCAAACUGUCUACUCCUACCAGCAGAUCAGCUGUCUGGACAGUGUUAUCAGGUACUUGGAGAACUGUAAUGUUCCCAUCACCAUGAAGAGGAAGUGCCAAUCUUCCAGUAACACUACAUCCUCUAACUCGGAUGAGAAAGGAUCCGACAGCAUGCAGGUGUCUGAAGAACCAGCCUUGUUGAAGGAUCAUUCUGGUCUCUCCGCUUUGGAUGAUCAAGACAAAAAGUCCAGUGACACAACCACAGCAGUAGUGGGCAAUUCACUGCCCCUACCUGUACCUAACAAACCAGAAAGUGUGGUGUCCAUAACCAGCCAGUGUAGCUACAGUAGCACAAUAGUGCACGUAGGGGACAAGAAACCUCAACCAGAGUCAGAGAUCAUAGAGGACAUCUCAGGUGCAGGAGAGACUGCAGAAUCCAGCAAGAACUCUGGAGUUCCUCCUUCUGCUGUUUCACCUCCCAGUCAGGAGAGGGAGUCCUACAAGAAACUGGGGUUGACCAAGCAGGUUUUGGCAGCCCAUACACAGAAGGAGGAGCAGGCCUUUCUGUACCGCUUCAAAGAGCUUCGCGGACUCAAAACCCUCAAAGCAAACUGCUCUCAGUACCUGGAGCGCCAGAGAGAACAGAUCACCAGCGAUGCUGUACCUGCUGCUCGCUCCGCCAAGCCGGGUGGACCGAGUGUGGAACCCACCACACGCCGGGGUGUACGGAAUAAGAAGACCAAGUCAAAGCGAGCAAAGCAGAUCGAGUCCUCAGACAGCACAGCGUCCCAUCACAGACAACAGCAGCUGCGGCCUCCUCUUCGGAACCACGGACUUAACCCGACCUCUUGGUCUCCCUCUGACACCUCACAGUCCACUUUUCCCAUGGCCUACCCCGCCAUGAUGCCAGGCUACCCCCUCCAGGUUUACCCUAGAGCCAAUUCCAUUGAUCCCCACACAGAUGUGACUCUACAAGGCUUUGUGAACAACCAGGGCACCCAGGCCCCUCCCUGCCCGCCACCCAUCCAUCCUGCUCCUUACACCGCCCCCAUGGUCACUCCUAUUGUGGCUCUAGUGCUGCCCAACUACAUGUACCCUCAAAUGGCCCCCGGGCCUCCACCACCACAGCCGGUGUACCACGCAGAGACUGGUGGCUUCCCCACCCAAACGCAGCCUUUUUGUCAGGCUGCCUUUCCAGUCCAGGGUGCCUUCACAGCUGCACCUGCUUUCAGUAUUCAGACCCAGUUUAACUCCCAGAAUCCCUUUGCUCCUCAAGCAGGCUACAUGACCCCGUCAUUCUACUUCCCUCCAUCCUCGGAAACUCCAAAGGCCACCAUGGAGGGCCAGUCUCGCUCCUCUACACCACAGUCUGGAGGAGGUGAAGGCCAGGCGUCCCCUCCGCUGUUCCAGUCUCGCUGCAGCUCGCCUCUGAACCUGCUGGAGCUGGAGCUGUCUGUGGACAGGCAGGACAUUACUGUGCUCUCCUCUGGAGGACCAGGGAACAGUACAGCUGAAAGGGAGAAAGGAGCAAGUGGCAACCAGGCCAAAGAGAGGGAGCUGAAACAGCCAUCUCUCAGUCUCCUUUGUACACCUGGACCCUUGUAUUACGAGGGCACGCCCUGUGUCUGUGAGCGUUUGUCUUGGGAUAAAGUGUGCUCUAGGCUGAGGGCUUGCAGCAAAGAGACGAGCUCUCGUGGUGACGCUAACAGCGAUGCAAACUCCUUGUCCAGCGACAUGUUGGACAUCAUCCUGCAUGAGGACUCCUGUUCAGGCACCGGCUCAGCCACCUCGGGGUCCAUGGGCUCUCGGUCUAAUGGCUGUGGAAUGUCAGCCAGCGGGACAUCUAACAGCGGGACAUCAAAGAGCAGGACGUCCGCCAGCGGAACCUCAGCUAGUGGGACCUCAGCUAGUGGGACCUCCGGUAGUGGAACAGGAAGCAACAACAGUAGUCAAUACUUUGGCAGCGUGGACUCGUCCCAGAACAGCCAGAAGGUCAAAAGUCACUCAAGCGGCAGUGACGGGAACCCCAUGGAGAUGGAGCAGAGCGACCACUUCAUCAAUGACAUCCAGAGAGUGCUCAGACAGGACAGAGAGAAGCUGCGGCUGAUGCAGAAGGGCCAGCCACGCUUCACAGAGGAACAGAAGAAGGAGUUGAUUGAAGUCCACCCCUGGAUUAAGAAGGGAGGUCUGCCCAAGGCGAUAGACGUCAAGGUGUGCUCUUGCUGUGACAGUACAUCAGAGGCAGCGGAGGCGGCGGCGGCAGUGGCUGUGGCAGCAGAGGACCAGCCGGACCUGGACAUCGGUGACACAGACACAGGGGAGAUCAGCUGCCAGAGGAGGUCCGGAGAGGAGCCCUCAGACGGUGUUGUCAUCUCCUGCCAGGGCCCUUCUCCCGGCUCCAGCUCUUAGACACAACCAAGACUUUCAGAGUGACGUUUACUGCCCAUCAGACUCUUGGUCUGAGCGACCACGACAAUGAAGAGGGACCUAAUUUACACAGAGCAUCGUACUGGCUCUUGGCUCUUCUUACAAAAAUAAUAACUGUCUCUGUCUUGCUGUUUUCAUGAGUUUUACAUGUUUACAAAAACUGUGGCUCAAACAGUCAAGACUUUUGUUGAAUGUGAAUAUAUGUAGUGGACAUUAAAUUACACUUUAUUUUAAUAUAUUACUUUAAAGCUGCACUGUGCAGCAUUUUAUUUUAUUUUAUUUUAUUUUUUUGUGGUGCUUACUGGUGAGUGCCGACUUUCUGUGUUCAUUCAUUAUUGUUUUUGUAGCACUUAUCAAUGUGCAGCACUUAGAGGAAGUGUGGUAUGCACUGAUUAGGAGAUGCAGAGCCCAGCGAGGCAAAUACAGUUUGUGCUGAUACAACAGGCAGUUGGGUCGAGGUCAAACAAGCAUUAACCAACUGGAGCAGUAACACGCCAGGAAGUGGCUCAGUGGUGUUCUAACUGUUGCGGUUUCUGAUUGAAUUCAGUAUUUUGUGACGCGAUUUCCUCAGCAACAACAACACUGUGCUACGUCAACAUGCAGUGUUAACAGUUUUUUAAAGUUUCAGAAACUCCAGUCGUGCGUACCCAUCAAGCUCUAAAUGAACGCACAAGUGCACUUUGUGGGCUGCACUGGAAGAAAAGGAGAAAUGAGAAUGAGGUUCCUGCACUGUACAUUCGCUCCAUUUGCCCUAAUUUAUUUCUGGCUGUUGCAAAAUGUUCUUUACAUUAUGAACAUGAGGGAAAAAAAAGGAGACGUUGAGAACUUGGAAAAAAAAGGCUGGACAAGGGCUAAAGCUUUUCACUACCUCCAUCCACACCAGCAGUGGAAGAAAUA